AUGAAGGGCAACCCGGGAUUUCGGCAACCCGGGAUUUCGGCAACCCGGGAUUUCUUUAACGCUUUUUCAAAAACUUAUAUCCGGCGAUCGUGUUAUACAGCGAACCUAGAUCCACGGAAUACUAUUAAGAUACUGGUGAAUAUCGUUAGGAUUACAAACAUAGAAGCCAGAAAGUCGGUCACUCUAUAUCAGGCGCGAUUCUUACCGACCGGGACACUGCAAACUAUAGUGCAACACUGUCCAAAUGUCACCGAAUUGGAGCUAAAUCUCAACGAAUGGAUCCGUCCGGACCACUUAGAGUAUUUACAAAAACGCUGUGCAGCAUUUGCUUCUCUUAUCAGCUCUCUUCCAAGUAGCCUUUGGGUGCUAGAUUUUGAGGGCGAGAGGGACGGCCCGUGGAAACCGUGCAUGUCUGCACUGAAUCUCAUCCCUUCCGGGAUCGACAGCUUGUCAGACAACUUACGAGAAUUUAGCACUCACCUUCGGGAAUUGAAGUUCAAAUGCACCCUCUCCCAUUUGGCUUCUUAUACCCUUAUGCCCUUUAGAUAG